AUGUCAAGAUCUCAUUUUCCAAACGACCCAGUAGACUGGAAUGGAAUGUGGACAGAUACAACUGGAAACCACCAACAUACUUUUACAACAACAUCUACAGGACUAGGUAAAGACUACAUGCCACCUUACAUGACAGUUUACGCAUGGUAUAGAAAUGCUUAG